AUGGAGGAUAUAGGUCCGCCUCCUAAACGACUGAGGAGAGCAGGAAGCCCUGGUGACCUCUUUUCGAAUGCAGAAUCUGACGGCGUAGAAGAUUAUCCGCCUAGCACCCAAACUGAUUUGGAAUCUUCUCUUCCCCCUAUCAAAACGGACUAUGAAGCGAUCGCGGACUAUGAGGCUUCAAAAGCCCAAGAAUUGACGACCGAAAACGGUGCCGCGAACCUGCACCACCGCUAUGAAGAAUGGGGAUGGGUGAAAGGCAAAAGUUCCAUAUAUGUGGAUGCCUUUAACGUCGCAUUGGAAAGCGUUUUGGUAGACGAAACCCAUUUGUUUGACGAAACGGAAAUGGCAGUCUUCGAUCACUGGAGAAGAUUAAGCUAUGAAGCUCAAUAUUUAUAUGUGCGACUUUUUCUACGCAAAACAUCUGCAUGGCAUCGUGUCAACCGCCUUGGUUACUAUCAAGAUAUUGCGGAUAUGCCUGCGGCCGUAAAGGAAUUGAGGCACAGCAGAAAGCUCCCAUCCUCAUCCACUCUACUUCAACCCCCAUAUAUUCCAGCACUGAAGUCUCCUGAAAAUGCCGUUCUUGGUAAAAAUUUUCAGUUCGCUGAAGGAUUAGAAGAAAUAAAUACACUUGAAGAAGCAUCCUCCUUGCUCCUCUUAGAUGAAUUGAAAUCCUUUUCAAAGGAAGCCAAAGUUCAGGGGAAAAAUAAGAAGGAGCUGUUGAAAGGAUUGCGCGAGUCCAGCACAACGCAGUCAGGACUUGGCUGGCUCCCACGAUGCAAGCCAGACGACGAAGAAUCCAGCGACUCUUCUCUAAAUCGGAUGAGUAAUUCGUUAAGCCGAGGGAACACUCGAGAUUUGCAUUUCACAAAAAAGAUCUUGGAUCACACUGGUGACUGCAUCAGACUCUCUUCCGCGCCACGUAGACUCUUUGAGCGGGUUCAUUUACUAUUUUACCGGUCUACGGAAUGGACAGAAAAGUCCUUAACAACCAUUAUAUUAGCGAAAAUUUCGCGGAGGAAUUACCCAAAUUAUAUCGUUUCCCGUUCCAAUUCCAUUUUCCCCUCGAGAUUUGCCUUACUGGAGUUUGAAGCUGCCUUGCGAGUGCAGUUUGAUAUUGACAACACUCUAGAGUCACCGGAUCUGCCAAUCAUGGAGAAGCUAGCUUUCAUUAAAUCUUUAUCCGAAAGUGUUUAUGAAAGAUGGAAAGCUCUGAUCGCUGAAGAGCAACACAAAGAACAUGUGUACGAAACUGGAGAGGGUGCAUACCUCCGCCGAUUUUCCCCAGCAUGGGUAUACACCCGGAUAAUCCAUAAAGGCCUCUAUGCCUUGGGCCGUUUCAAAAAUUAUAAGCGGGAGCAUGAGUUACUCACAGAACUCCUUGACCAGCGUUUAUUCCAUGCUGCUCGCCGAGGGGCGUGGUACCAGCGCAAAGCUCUACUGGAAGAACAUUAUAUGUGGUCUUUAACCCCGUUUGAGAACCGUUCUGAGGAGAUACAAAAGAGGAAACGAAUCACAAAAUUGGAGAAGUCGCUGAAAGUCACAAAGCGGGAACAGCACGAUUUUGGACAUGUCAUGUUGGUUAAACCAGAAGAACGGAUCGUGGGAGGAAUUCGGAUUGAGAAAGAUAUUCCCAUUAAGUCUGGGUUCGAAGGAAACCCCGAAUUCCGUGUCUCGAAGAGAGACAAGGGGUGGAAGGGCUUCCAUUGCGAGAGCGGCAUAGUCCGAACAUUGUUUGGAUAUCUCUUCUAUGACAUCCUCUACGCAUAUGUUCCCAACGUCUUCCAAACGCCCUUCCAAACUUGUCCCUUAGAUCUACACACAGAUUCGUUUUAUCCCACUCGUGCUUCAGAAAUCAAUCACAGGCUUGCCCAGAUCGCCAAUGGUGAUGCCGAGAAGCUUAUUCAUGAAGUACAUGACCGUGAAGCGGAGAGAGAAACAUGCGUCAUCGGCAUCGACUGGUCGUUCGAAUUAUCCGAUCUAGUUGAGAUUGUGCAGUGUUUCCGCGGUGAAGCUCUAGCUACUGUAUGUAAAGUUAUGGCACAGGAGUACCAGCAAAGGGGUGGAGGCAUCCCAGACUUGUUCCUCUGGAGCAUGGAGAGGAAGGAGGUUAUGUUUGUGGAGGUAAAGUCGGAGAAUGACCGGCUAAGUGAUACCCAACGAUUGUGGAUUCAUAUGCUUACUGGUGCCGGUGUGAGGGUUGAGUUGUGUAAUGCUGUUGCAAGGGAGGUCAGAGUAGAAACCUCUGUUGCUUAA